UUCCAUGGAGAUGCGUCCAGACAGCUGGGACAUGGCCACCCUGGAGAGGCUGCGGGGCCGCCUGGCAGAGCUCAAGGUGCAAUAUUUCCUGGAAAGCAGGGAUGCUGAAGACAACAGAUUAAAGGAAUACAAGGCGGCAGUGAUCCUUCAGAGUGCAUUCAGAGGAUGGCGAGUACGAGCCUAUCUGAGGUACCUGCACAGAAUGAUGACUGUGAUCCAAAAGUGGUGGCGGGGAUACCUGGCAAGGAAAUAUUUCAGAAGCAAAGUCAAGACAGCACACUUUAUUAUGAAGAUGAAUUUCUACAAUGAAAUGGCUGUCAGGAUCCAAAAAAGAUGGCGUGGCUACUACGUUCGUAAAUAUGUGCAUAACUAUUAUGCUCUGAAAAAAUAUCUACAAGCUGUAUCAAUCAAGGGUAGCAUUGUCAGAAAAGAACUUGGUGAAUAUGCAGAAAUGAUGGCAAACGAAAAAAUGAAGAAAGAAUUAGAAUUGGAAGAACGCAGGAAGAAUUACCUAGCUCGAAAGACGCAUUACCUGCUCAGCACUGAACAGGUUGCUGGAAUAUAUAAUUCACCUUUUAGACAGUAUCCAGAUGAAAUGGAAUUUCGAUUGCAAAGAGCACGUCCAUUAAGCCAUAAAGAUCGACCCCCCAAAAAAGAUUAUAAUUAUGGCAUUUCUGAUUGUUCUGAUUGGUUGGAUUGUAGACUUCGAUUUGCAUUUCCAACAUUGCAACCUCUUCCACCAAUUGGAAAAAAGAAAGUACAGGGACCCUUUCGUGAUACUGCUGAAGUAUUGCAACAACGCUACAAGCCGUUAGAAGCAACCUUGCGAGUGGCAACAUCAAUCAGUUCAGUGGAGGAGGCCAGAAAGGAGCUCCAAAGACAAGAAUGGAGUAAAGUCAUUCACAAUGACAUGUUUGCUCCUUUCUCCUCCUAUCACACGAAUGAACUAUACAAGCCAAUGAUUCAUACCUCAACAGAUUAUAAUGCAGCCUCUUACGGCACGCAACAGUUCCGUGAUGAACAGGAAGAAAAAUGGGUAUCAAAUAAGGACUUCAAGACCACCUUCACACCAAUUCCUGUUUUUGAUCAAUUUGGACAGACCUAUUCCAAGGCUGGAAAUAUUGUGUAACCCUACCCAAGAGAGGAACGUUGACAAUGAUGUUUUUGGUACCCAAAGAAAGAAGAAGGGCGGUUUACAACUUGAUGUAUGGGAGGAUAAAAACAGAAGUAUUAUAAUUAAAUGUUGCAAUCAAUAAGACCAUACACUAUUUGAGUUAUUUUUUUCUUUCUACAACUUGAAUUUUUCAAUUUGGUAAAAAUGUAUCAAAAUCAAAAGUAAAAAUUUGAGAAAAUUUUAGUUUUUCCCUGAAAAUCUAAUCUGCCUGGGACUAUAUAGGAUUGGAGUUUGAUAACCUGACAUUU